AUGACGGACAAGACAAACGUCGUCGAACCCACUGAGAAACCACCAGAUCCUCGGAUCGAGACUGGUAAAACCCCAGGGACUGAAACGAACACCGGCAUCAAGCGGCAGGAUUCUUCGUCUGUCGACCGCGGUCAUGACGAGGAGAAGAAGCAGGGCGAUGGUGCUCCCCCGCCACCGGGUGGUCCUCCACCUGGAAUGGCACCCGGGGACUUUCCCGAUGGCAGUUUAGAGGCCUGGAUUGUUGUCUUUGGCGCCUCUUGUGGACUCUUCAGUACAUUUGGCUUGAUAAACUGCGUUGGAAUCUUCCAGAAAUACUACGUCGAGGGACCUCUGAGUCACCUGAGCCCUUCUUCCAUCAGCUGGAUCUUGUCGGCGCAAGUCUUCUUCAUGGUCUCCGGUGGCGCAGUCUUUGGCCGCCUCUUCGACAUGUACGGCCCGCGAUGGCUGCUGCCAAUCGGCACCGUAACCUACAUCUUUGGCCUCAUGAUGGUGUCCAUCAGCUCCAAGUACUACCAUUUCUUCCUGGCCCAGUCCGUUGUGGCCUCUCUCGGCUCUAGCGCCGUCUUUAACUGCUGCAUAAACUGUCUCAUCACCUGGUUCUUCAAGCACCGCGCCGCCGCUGUUGGAAUAAUCGCUGCUGGUUCGUCAAUUGGCGGUGUCGUCAUGCCCAUCAUGAUGACCAGGCUCAUUGACCAGAUCGGCUUCCCCUGGAUGGUACGCGCCUUGGCCUUGAUGCUGCUGGGCCUACUCAUCAUUGUGUGCUUCACCGUCAGGUCACGACUGCCUCCUCGUCCUGCUCCCUUUAUCUUUAUGGAAUACCUCCACGGCUUCUGCGAGCCGGCCAUGGGAUUGACUGUUGCUGCCCUGUUCUUCUUCAUGACAGGUCUUUUCCUCCCAUUCAACUAUGUCAUCCUCCAAGCUGAAGCUGCCGGCAUGUCUCCGAACCUCGUCACUUAUACCCUGCCUAUUCUCAACGCCGCCAGUGUCUUUGGUCGUAUCAUGCCCGGAAUAAUCGGUGACAAAGUUGGCCGCUAUAAUACCAUGAUUGUCAUCUGCGCUACCUCGGCCAUCUUCUGCCUCGCUGUGUGGAUGCCCGUCAAGACAUCGGCCGGUAUCCUGGUCUUCGCCGCCAUCUUUGGCUUCUCGUCUGGUGGUUUUAUCUCUCUCGCGCCCACUCUGAUCGCGCAGAUUUCCGAAAUUCGACAGAUUGGCACUCGUGUCGGCGCUGCCUAUGCCGUCCAGGCCGUCGGCGCCCUCAUUGGCAGUCCGAUCGGAGGAGCCAUCGUCUCGGCUCAGGACGGCGACUACCUGGGGCUACAACUCUUCUGCGGGUGCUGUAUGGUGGUUGGCACUGCCAUCUUUAUCGGCGUUCGCUACGUGCAGGUUGGGUUCUCCCUAGAGAAGGUCUGA